AUGGCUUAUCCUGACUUUGACUCCCUGCCCAAGGUCGAGGGGCAGCCGCAAGGCUGUGCUUGGGGCUUGUGGGGGAAAGAUGAUCAAUUAGGCACACUCAACUUCCUCACGCCGGACGUGGUCCGAGAAGCGGCCAAGGAAGUCCAGAAGGGCAUCUCUGUGCAACUGGACCUCCGACUGGACUACUUCAAACAUCUCGGCUGUGGCCGUGAACAAUUCCAGCAAAAGAUUGUCGACUUCAAGGAGAAGCUUCGUGGAUCGUAUUACGAGUGUCACCUGCACGAUGACCUGCUGUCGUUCAACACACAGAGUAGCUCCCAAUGGGAUGGGCUCAGGCACGGAGGGCUGCAGGACUCUGCGACAUACUACGGAGGGAUGAAACACCAAGAAAUUCUCAAUGACAGGACCGGAAGGCUCGGCACGCAGAAUUGGGUCGAGAGAGGCGGCAUUGUUGGUCGUGGCGUCCUGCUGGAUUACGAGGCUUGGCGCAGGGAGACUGGCCAGCCUCCUGCACCUGUGAACACGGAGUUCGCCAUUACCAUCGAGGAACUGGAUGCGGUGGCCGCACACCAGGGGACCAACUUCCGGCCAGGCGACAUCCUGCUCCUCCGCACAGGGUACACUGCAUGGCACGCGGCAGCAAGCGAGGAAGAACUUGCCAGGUCCAACGAGAGGGCCGCUUUCAUCGGUGUAGAAGCGUCGAUGGACUCGGUACGGUGGCUGUGGAACCACCACUUUGCUGCUGUGGCCACCGACACCCUUGGGUUCGAGCUGACGCCCAUCCCGUUUUCCACUCCUGGCAAGGUGCGCCUGCAUGACUGGUUGCUUGGUCACUGGGGCUCACCGCUUGGGGAGCUCUGGAACUUGGAGAAGCUGGCCGAUGCCUGUCGAGAGGCUGGGAAGUGGUCAUUCAUGCUCACCAGCGCCCCCCUGCAUGUCUAUGGCGGGGUCGCGACGCCUCCCAAUGCUAUCGCAAUAUUGUAG